UAGAAAAAUAAACGUGAUGGCGGCCUCAAUCUUUAUUUUCGCUUUAAUUUURUCACCUUUCUCUGUUCUCGGUGGUGUUAUGGACCCAAGUUGUAAACCAGUUGGAACAAAGUCAAUAACAAUUUUAUGGAAGUUCUCACCAACUAAAGCUAGUAAAUUACCCAAUAAAUUUUCUGUGUACUUCUGCAAGAAUAUUUAUUACAAUUGUGUGAAUACAAGCAUCAAUUACCAUCUUGGGUGCGCUGUAAAUGUGACAGAACAAAAAUCUGAAUACAGCUGUGACAUUGGGAAGGCUCUAAAUAUAAAUUUCCCUGAGGAGAGUUCAUUCAUUUUUUAUGUCAAACCAGAUAAUGGCCCACCUGUGAUUCGAAGAUGUCUGUUUAAUAUGGAGAUUCAGUGUUCUAAACCUACUGGGUUAAAGCUGACACCAUUUGGGAAGGGAACGUUGAAGCUUCAUUGGUCUGUACCAACUGAUAUGGGUAAAUCUGGUGGAAACCUCCUGUGCUAUUUUAUUACAUAUUUUAGGGCAGAAAGUCCUGAAAAAAAGUUCGAGCAUAAAUUUGUAAAUGAAGGACUUUAUGAAUUUGAGAUAAAGUCCUUGUUGCCAUACCAGAAAUAUCAUGCAUACCUAAAAUGUGCAUUAUCUUGCACACAAAAGAAAAGUCUUGCUGCAGGACCAGCCAUUGCCACGACACUAGAAGAAGAACCUCAAGACCAAGUGAGAUUUCAAAACUGGUUUGAAAGAAAAGUAGAUCAUCAAACAAGAAAUGUCACCGUGGUUUUUAAGAUUCCCAACAAAGAGAAGUGGAACGGCAAGGUUAAACAAAUCAGGGUAUUCUGCUAUGAAUAUGAACAUCUGUGUAUGAAUAAGACAGUGAGGGAGUUAUUACCAGAUCAACAGCUGCAGUACAACACUACAUUUUCCUACCUCAAGAAUAAUACAACGUAUCAUGUUAAAGCAGAUUACUGCAACAGCGUGGGUUGUAGCCCAACAAGCAGAAACCAAACAAUAUUGCCGUCACCACCUGAUGCAGCCAAAGUUGAGGUUCAAUUAGAGCCAAAUGAGAGCUUAACAACAGGAAAAGUUGUUGGUAUUAGUGUUGGUUGUAUUGUUGGUGUGUUUCUACUCAUGAUCAUGAUAAUAGUGCUAAUCAAGAAAUGUUACAGGAAUUCUGAACCUCAUGAGCCCCUCGAGGAAACCAUUGGUCCAUUGUCUCCCACAAGCGAACCCCGCGAGGGCGAGGAAGCUGGUGAACAAGCUAAUAGUGUGUACAGCAGAGCCAACCAUCUGAUCCAGAGCAACCACCUAAGCCCAGAGACAACUGACUUCCAAUCAGCAUCUGUUAGGUCUAUAAAUAGCAUGAACUCCAUUGGUGGACUAACCGACCAAUCAACACUCGGGGAUGAUAAUUCGGCUUCCAUUCCUAAUAAUGAAGAGGAUCCUAAUCGAGAAAGUGUCAGAUUGUUACCGAGACCUGGUUCCCCUUCAGUACAGCACCGUCCCAGUCACCGAGACGACAACCAGCAUACUCGAGUUUAGCGUAGAAAAAAUUAUUAUUGGGAUCACUGUGGGUCUUUUUCAAUCACUUUUUUUCCCCCUUUUUUCUUUUCUUUUUUUCUUUUCCGGCGGGACAGAGAUUUUGCAGCAACUUCAAACUUUUGAGGUUAAAACAGAAUUUGGCCAAUUUAGGGUAUGUAUACGUUUAGAUAGCUUGUCAAGUGUUUUUGUUUUUAUUGAAAUUGAAGAUAUGUUUUCUCUGACUUUUUAAAUAUUUAUAUAUAGAAUAUUCGAUCACGUAUCUUCUUUGAAGUAGUUUUUUUUAGUUUCUUUCUUGAUAUAUUCCGUGUUACAUCGCGCUUUAACCGCCGACUCCCUAUAGAAAAAUUAGAGAUUAGAGUAUGAUCGUUAACGGAUACGCCGUGUCGUGCRCGAAUAUUUUCACUGGAUGAUCAAUGAUCCGCGCGAUAUAAUGGGCCUACGAUUUGUCCUGGUUUCCCCUCCGUGUACGUAAUGGUGUCUCAGUGGUACCGGCUGUGACGUCGCAGCCAUAUGAAAUAGUGCAGUUUUCGUAUGACUGUGAAAAAUUGACGGCACGAACACGGCCAUGACACAGCAAGGGAUCGAUACGCCAGACCAAUCACAUUGCACGAGAAUUUACUCUCCAUCUAAUCAAAAACCCUCAACAAGCGGCAUAAACACGGCGUGGACACGGUAACGGCAAGGUCACGGCAAUGCCAGACCAAUCACAUUGCGCGUGAAAAAAUCAGCCAAUUAAAAUUCUAGAAAGCAUCACGGCACGGCACGCUUACGGCACUGAGCUUUUCAUAGUCAUACGAAAACUGCUCUACUCGGUGACCUCAUUCGAGGGUUCAAAACAAAAAGUACUAGCAAAAAUGAUUUUAUUUCUUCAGAAUAGGAUUUGCUUUUGAAUGUUUUGCUUACUAGAGGGAAAGAAUAAGAUUUAAAAUCACAUUUUUAGUUUAUUUUAGCUGUUUUAAAUAACAUAUGGAACCGGAACUACGUCAACUGUCUAAUAAUACACGAACUAAUUUCGGGCAUGUCGAUUUGGGGUUUUAAAUUAUUUGUACAAACGUGUAUUAAUAUUAUUGUUAUCAUUAUACACUUUAUCCUCGCCUUUGAUCGAAUUGGCUGAGAGCUUUUUUCUACGAAUCCCCAUCAUUUAUCAUACCAAUAAUUGUAUAAAAUACUGUGCGGAUAGGUAGAAUUUACGCAAAUUUCGUAUAAUAUUAACAUUUUUCAGUUACUGUAGAGUUGGGGUGGUAUUUACUGUGUACGUAUUUCUAUUAUGAGGGUGAAAUUUGUAUUUUCUAUUUUCGGGACUGACGGGGCUUUAGAAAAAACUGGGUCGAGUUGACGUUGGAUUGCACUGUGCAGGGGACUGUUUUAUAUAGGAGACGAAAUAGACGCCAUCUUUGAAAUAUUCCCCCUCAAACGGUCCCACAAUGCACUGCAACAUCAUUUCGACCCAGUGCUUUUACUUAACCUCGAAAUGRCUAAGUGUAAGUAUCAAGUAUCAAUUGUAGAAAAAGUAAAAACAAAAUUAGGAAUUUUUAAAAAAAAUAUUCGUAGACGAUGACGAAACAGAAGGCAUACUAUUCGUAACUUGUUUAGUAGUUUGAAGAGUUUGACAUUUUUACCAGACAAUUUAAUAAGUAACUAAAUUAAUAAUGAUACUGAACAUCUACAUAAAAUAUGAUAAGAUGGAUGAUCGUAUUUAAGUGUAUAGUGUAUAGUAUAUAAAAAACAAAUAUAUCGAUAAUGUUUAUUGAAAGUAAUAGGAUUAAUAUAUUAUAUGUAAUUUAUAUUAGGUCAAAAUGAUUUACAACAAUAAUAUAAAAUAUUACGAUAUCAACAUUUUUGUUAGAGCAUAUUAGAGUGCACGCCAUAUCUCCGUGUAACGAUUACCAGCCAUGUGGCGCUUAAAGACCCAUUGCCACUUACCGUGAUGCACCGCGGUCACAGAUGAAUUUCGUGGUUCAUGAAAUUCAAAGAUUCAUAUAUUGAAUAAUAACUUCAUAUUAAAUCCUUUUCCGACAUAGCAC